AUGACAAAGAAACGAUUGCAAGUGCUGUGGGACGACCGCAAGUUUCGCGUAAGUCCGUCGCUGCUUUUGUUUGGUCCUCCACACGCAGUGGCAGGCUCGGGAUCGCCACGCACGCCUCGAUGCAUCGCUACCACUGUCUUGCACAUUGUCCAUGAGAUGUGCUUGGUGAUUUUGGUUGUUGUCAUGUCCGAUUGGACUGUGGCUCAAGUCAAGGAGUGCAUUGUGACAAGUCACAAUAGCGUUUAUCCAAAUCUGCACGUCAGCCCCGAAAUGAUUGCCAGCUUGCGAGAUAGCGACGGAUGCGAUCUUGAAAACAACUGCAUUGUCGCAGACCUUGUCGUGCAAGACAACGUGCUAUGGAGCGUCAUUCCACUCCCAGCGCGUGCGUCCGAAGUCAGCGCUCUGCCCCUGUCGCUACCGCUGUCUCUUGAUGCGCCAACAACACACGUGCCGGUCAGCCACAUUUCUACCAAAGACGACCUUAUAGCCACGUUUGGAAAGGACGUGACGAGCAGACUGUUGGCGGCGGAGGAUUGGCAAGGGACGGUCAAUGUUCUCGCCGCUUCUGCAGGGACGGACGUUGCUGGUGACUUUCCGCCUAGCGCCGAACAGGCCCUUGCGUUUGUCAGCACGGAUCGCCCACCAGAACCUUCAUCGGAUGACGACAGUGUCGCGAUGGACGUGAGCAAGCCCAACAAGGCAAAACACACACGGAAUAAUCCGACAGCCAUGUCUACGGCCAACGAUCGGGACAAAACCGUGGAUGUCUCAAGUCUGCCAUCUUCCAUCAAACCAUCCAAGCGCGCACGGGCCGACGACCACCCUCCAGCAGCACCCACCAACACCAGCAGCAACCACCCAGUGUCCGAGCCCGCACCCGUCAAGCAGGGCAAGCGCGCUCGCCUCGACUCGACCACUUCUGUCACAUCCAACAGCAGCGGUCGUGGCGAUCACUCUUCACAGUCACCCGUUGCUCCCGUCCGAAACAACGGCCAGACCAAUCUCUUGCAGUCCCAACCAUUGCAUGCUUUGCGACAAGCUUACGAGGCGAAUAUCCAAGAACUCAUUGCCAAGCACCCCAAUAUGAAGGCUAAUGGUCUUGUCACAGCGCUCAUCAAGCUGAGGAAGGAGAGCAAAAACGACAAGUCGCAGUUGCUUGCUCUCGUGACCACAAUGCUGGAGGAGGCGCGCGCCCCGAAACCUACAAAGACGACGAUGACCAAGCCACAGCUUGAGCAGCACAGUGCGAACGACAGCGACAGCGAUGAUGAAGCGUCGUCCGAUGCGGACAGCGAGUCGGAGGAAGACGAGCCGCCAGCUCGGGCCCAACAAUCGUCUACGAGCGCAAGGUUUGCUCGACUUUCAAACUCGAGCGAAACGAAUGGCGAGGAAGAUUUCAAAACACCGCAGCCCGCUUCGCGUGCCAACCGCUCCGCUAUCGCUGCCCCAAAAGUAUCCGCGUUGCCACUACACAAGGGAGCCACCGAACCAAUGUCUUUGUCGAUGCCUAAGCUUCCGAGCCAGCAGCAUCAUGCUCACAAGGCUCAAGUUGCAUUGCCGUCGUCGUCAUCAUCAAAAACUGCCAACGACGACAAGAAACUGGCCACCACAAAGAUUUCGACCCAGUUUCAAGUACGUCCCGAACCCUCCGACUCGGAGUCUGAGCACGACGAUGACGAGCACACUGUGACGGCAAGACUCAACGCGGGCCACUUUCCCGUCUACCGGAGCGACGUUCUGCUCGAACUUCAAAAGAACCACGUCGCGCCAGCCAGCAAGACCUCUGCCGUCUCCGGUUUGGUCGUUCCCCCGUCCCCCUCGUUGUACGUAGGCGACAGUGUACUCAGUGAACUCAGCCAUCACAAGUUGUCGGCGAUGCAAGUUUCACGCACCAAACCGCGGAGCUCUCAAUUGAGCGACGACGAGGACGACGAGGAUUCGCCGGCCGUCGAGUCGCUACAGUCUGGUUCUUCCGAUUCUGAGAGUUCAUCCGAUGACGAAGCCGCGGGCUCGCGAAAACUAAAGCUGGCGCUUCCAUCCAGCGACAAAAAAAAGCCCAUCCGUAAGCCAGCGGCCAAGUCAACGCCAAAAUCGCGAGAUAUGCUCCAGGUGACUGUUCCGACGCCGGCGGCCAAUGCUUCGCCUGUUCACUCUCUCGCUGCAUCACCAGCGCCCGUAUUGAAUCCCAAGACGCUUGCAAGGCGACAACAACGACUUAACCCAACUGUCUUGAGCUAUAAUGGGUCGGAUGCCCAACAGCAAGUCGAGAAGGCCGGCGGCAUUGAUGAAUUCAUCAGCAAACCAGUUGCUGAGAUGUCGUUCACCGAAUCCGACUUUAAUGCUCUUCAGGCACAACUGAUCGAAGUCACCGCCGCCAAGUUCGAUGCCGAGCAAGCUGCUCGGCGGUUGAAACUGGAGAAUGACAUGCUCAAGAAAGAUCAUAGUGCGCACGGGCCCGCGGGAGCACAGAAUGCGGCGGGUGCGCAAAACUCUCCCGCGGGAAAGAGCAAGGUCACAUCCUUCAUGAACAACCUCGGCGGUGGCAUGGUCGGCAACAAGAAGGAGGUGACGCAUCUGCAGGAGGAGAACGAUGCACUCCGCAAGCAGCUGCGCACCAACGAGGCAGACCAGAAGACGCACCACGACGCAAUGAUGUCCAAUCUCACGCAGCUCGAGGCUUCGCGCCGCCGUCUCGACCACGAGCUCGAGGAAACGCGCAAGCAACUACUGGCUGCGACAACAAAUGCUCCUGGCCAGCACACUGCCACUGUGGCAACGCAGGCGGCCUCGGCUGCCGUCGAGCGCGCCAGCAAACUCCAAGCCGAGAAGGCGAUUCUGCAGGAGAAGCUCGACGCCACGCAAAAGCUGCACGGGCAGGAGAAGGCACAGCUGCAGGCCGAUCUCGAGGCGUUGCGUGCCGAACACGCUGCUCUCGAGCAGCGACAUCAGCAGUCUCUCCUGUCACCACCAUCAACAGAAGCAGCCGCAGCAGAAGCCACAGAAGCCACAUCAGCAAACGCUCAGCUGGUUGCGCGGCUUCAGGCCGAGCUUGCGGCAUCGGCAGCAACGACCGCUGCGCUGAGGGCCAAGCUGGACGCGUCCGAGGCGUCGCACCGCGGCUUGGAAGCCAAGCUGCUCGAUCGGCAUGCCGAGGACGAGCUCAAAAUCCAGCUCGAAACGGCCGUUGGCGAGAAGGCCAACCUGGCCCUCCAGCUGACAGCUGCGACCGAGCAGCUCGCGACCGUGCAAAAGCAACUGGCUGCCCGGAGCACCGAAACCAAGACUGGCCCCGAUUACAAGCGUCAGUACGAGCAGCUGCAACUGCAGUUCACCGACUACAAGAAGGCCGCGCAGGCAAGCGACGCCAAGCUGUCUGAAACCAUCACCAACCUGCAAUUCCAGCUGUCGCAGUCAUCGUCCGACAGCACCAAGCACAUGGACGCGCUCCAGUUUGAGCUCGAAAAGGCCACGCAAGAGCUCACGGAUUCACGCACCCAAGUCAAGGUCGGCGCCGAGGCCACGCAGCAGGUCGGCUCGCUCGCCUCGCAGGUCACGUCGCUGCAGGCCAAGGUCACCCUGCUGGACGGCCAACUCGACGAAGAGCGCAAGCAGACCGAGUCGCUGCGCACAGAGAAUGCCAAGGUCAAGGGGCAGCUCGACGAGCUCACCAAGGUCGCCGACAAGCGCAAGGCGCUGCUCGACGACAUGUCUCGCCAAAAGGACGACCUCGUGACCAAGCACAACGCCGAGGCCGAGGCCAACCAGAUGGAAAAGAUCAAGGCCAUUGCCGAAGCAAAGUCGGCGUUCAAUCGGCUUUCCAACGAUCUCGAGGCCAAGCUCAAGACUGCCAACGAUGAGCUCGCGACGGCCAACACCACCAUCCAGCAGCUCACCGAACAGAAGGCUGCUCUGGAGCAGUCGCUUCAGGACGCCAGCGCAAACAAGGCGGCACUCGAGGGCCAGCUUCAAACCGCCCGCGACACCAUUGCCACUCAUGAGGCCAGCUUGGCACAAGCCACGGUCGAUGCCGCAGCGGCUGCACAGGCUGCCGCUCAAGCCCAAACUGCCAGCGACGAGCGCAUCGCUGCCCUCACAGCCGAGAUCGAGACGAGCAAGGCAUCCAUUGAAGAGCUCAACAAGGCCAUCGAGGACCGCAAGGCCGAGACUGUUGCAGCGGAGAAGCGAAACGCCGUGAUGCUCAAAGAUCUCAAGCGCCAGCUGCUUCUGGAAAAGAAGAAGAGUGACAAGAUGGAAGUCGACCUGAAGCACAACGACACGCCUUCUUCUUCUUCGGGAUCCCACCAUGGUAGCUUUGAUCAGGGCUCUUCUGGCUCUGCUCGUGUGUCGGUUGAAUUGGGUCGUGCCAAGCGCGACCUGUCUUCCGAGUUUGACACCGCCUCAAGCCAGGCCACACAGGACAUGACCCGACGAUUGCAAGCGCUGCAAAGCGAAAAGACCGUGCUUGCCGAGAAGGUCAAGAUGCUCGAAGAUGCCAACGGCGCCAUGGUUGAUGAUGUCAUGCGCAAGUCCUUCAUCAUCCGCAAGCAUUUCAUCGAUCGUGUUGAUGCAAGCCCAACCGGUGCUCGAAAGCCGCUGCCAACAGUUGCACAAAUCAAAAAGGUGGGCGAGGCCCCUGACACUCCGCUCAAAUUGCAACUUGCGCUGGAGGAGGCACAAGAGGCCGCGCUCAAGGCCCAGGACAAUUGCGAGUCCAUCAAGAGCGAGUUGGUACGAGCACAGAAUGAGCUCACGGCGGUGCGUCUGAGCGGCUCUCUUCCCGCGACACCCCAAAAACCACCGCGCCCCUCUGAGCCAGGGUACGGUCAGCAUGCAUCCGUUGCAUCGGCUGCGUCGGCCGUCGAAAACCACACUGCUGAUUCCGCAAGCACGAGCUCAGCCGCCGUCGAUGCUCCAACGCCUUGAUUUGCUUCGGUCGAAGCAAGAGGGAUUGAAUUUUUGAAUGAUCGUUGAUGAUUUUUUUUUUCUGUUGUGCUUGUUUUGUGUUGCUUGUUUUUGUGCGUUGGUGCGGUAUUGUCUGGAUGUGUUUUGUUGAUCAACAUGACAUUGAUUUAUUUCAGCAAUCAAACGGGAAG